CGCCGCCGUGCCAGGGCAGUCGUACUCUUCGUCCGCCCACUCGGAAACUCCCUCUGGUCGCCAAAGCGGAGCCCCGGCCUCAAAACCCCAGCCUCGUCGUCGCUGAAGCUCAGACGAUCGCGCUUGCUUCAACAGCCCCGGGCAUCAUUGCCUCCCGCUUCUCUCAGCCCGCAUCGUGACGAUCCUGGUCUGCUUCUGCUUCUGCACCGCUCAUCCCUCGGCUCAUCCCCAGGCUCAACCCCAGGUUCAAAUCAACAGCACUUGCAUCUGUACAGCCAAGAGUCCGACCUGAUCCGAUGCAGCCCAGCCACGAACCCCGCUCGGGCGAAGAUCUGUCCCUCCUCCAAAACCCAUCCACAGUCGAGGCCGUGACCGACUCGAUCCAGGACGGCUAUGUCAACCGCAAGCAGUCCUGCUUUCUGAUCGGCUCGCAUUUCCUGAUCGUUGUCAACAACGGCCGGGUUGCGCCAGACGAACGGGAUGUCCAGGCCAAGCGUGUCGCCGAGGUCUUCAAGUCACGAAAACUUGGUCUCUCGCUCGAGUCCUGCCCAGUCUCGAUCUUUGAUUUUGCCGCCCGAGCAUGGGAGCGAUCCACUGGCGGUCGAGACCAGGCCGUUGUCUUCAUCGGCGGAUACGGCCAGAGCCCGACUGAAGUCCGACGCCUCUUCACUCAGCAGCUCGUUGCUCUCUCGCAGUCUGUGGGCAAAAUCAAAUCUACCGUCCACUCCGGAGCCAUCAAGAUGGAGACCGUCCUCGAGUCCUUUGGUCACGCCCAACUCAACGAUCGCCCAAACACCUCCCGAUACGGCCGAUACACCGAGUAUCAGUUGGAUGACAAGCACCGCAUGGUGGGCAUUAAGCUGCUCGACUUUUUGCUCGAGAAAUCCCACCUCACCCGGCCUCUUGGCUCUGGCGAACGGAACUUCAAUGUCUUUUACCAGAUCCUCGCCGGCGUCGACUCGACCGAGCAGAGACGCCUUCAUCUGUCCUCCACAGACAGUAGCGAGUUUGUGCUGCUCGAACCCGAUGCCAGUCAUGCUCAAGCCAAGCGCACCAUUUCCCGUGUCCUGAGCUCCCGCAAAAACACUGUGGGCAAGGGCCAGAGUGCCGCCACCAAGGCUUUGGACGAGGCUCAGUACCACGAACUAUGCAGCCACCUCAAGUCCUUGGGCAUUGGCAGUCGUGCCCAGGCACAGAUCCGCCAAGUCGUGGUGGCCAUCCUGCACCUCGGAAACGUCGACUUUGUCGACGAUCCAGAGCACCACAACGAGGCCUGCGCCAUCAAGUCGAUGGAGCCCGUCGAGCGCGCCGCCGACCUCCUCGGCGUCUCGGCCAAGAAGCUUGCUCUGGUUCUCUCUUCUGAAACCAGAGUCCUGGCCUCUGAAUCGGUAUCGGUUCUCUUGAUUGCCGACGGUGCUAAGCGCCGCACCCAGACGCUUGCCAAAGCCCUCUACUCGCUGCUCUUUGCCUGGCUCAUCGACCAUCUCAACAAGCGACUGUGUCGGGAGUCGUCCGAGUUCGCCAAAGUGAUUUCGACCCUGGACUUUCCCGUUGCCGUUUCCUCGGCUUCUGCGGCCUCCUCGGCCGGCCUGGAGUCGCUGCUGUGGUCGUAUGCAAACGAGCGUUGGCGCUCGCUGGCUCUUCAGUACAUGUUCGAAGAGUGGUCCACUCUGCGCUCACAGGAUGGUCUGAGCAUACCGAGCCGCUUUGAAGAUCACGGCAGAACCGGAUACAUCUUGACCCGCUCCAUCCUUGACCAGAUCAGUGAGCGCCCCGCCGACGCCGGCAGCGACUAUCCGCAUCUGGAAACCGCCAUCAGCUCUCAGCUCCAGGCGUACCCGGCCUUUGGCAAGUCAAGUUCCAGCCACACUUUCUCCAUCCGCCACUUCUUUGCCACUGUCGACUACGACUCGUGCGACUUCGUCUCUCGAAACACCGAGACACUCUCCACCGACUUCAUCUCGCUCUUCCGCGGCGAUGUCGCGCCAGACGAGGAGCUUGACCUCGAAGCCAAGCCUACCUCUGGCUCCGAGGUCCCCUUUGUGUCGUUCCUCUUCAGUAGCAAGAUCGGAAUCGUGUCCCGUCGCCAUCCCAAGAACAAGCGGAUGGUCCUCGCCAGCCAGCCCCAGCGCCCGCUGAGACGGCCCACACUGUCACGCAAGCGUGCCUUGGAGCAAGCCCGAAGCGAAGGCGAUACCACGCUCAUCCCCCUCAUCAUGGAAGCCUUUGACGACAUCGAGGCGUCGCUGUCGAGCUCCGAGGUCUCGGCCAUCCUGACCCUCAAUUCCAACCAAAAAUACAACAACCCGACCUUCGAUCGUGAAUACGUCUACGAGCAAGUUCAGCGAUUCGGGCUGCAUGACCUUGCUGUGGCCAAAGCCGCCGCCAACUAUCGUACCACCAUGUCCAAGCGCGAGUUUCUCACAAAGUUCCAGCCGAUUCUCCCUGCCCACGUUGGCGUCGAAGGCGACUCCCUCAUCCGCUUCUUCCGCGACUCUGGGGUCACCGAGAGGGAUGCUGCCGUCGGUGAUACGCAAGUCUUUCUGAGCGAAAGCCAGAGCAAUCAGCUGAGAUUCCAGCUGCAGCAGGCCACCCAGCCCGCUCCCAUCCCUGCCGAGCCUGCUGGGGGCUCCGGUGGUGCCAGCCCAAGAUCAAGCAUCAACUUGACUGGCAAUGUUGCGGGCGCUCUCUCUGGCGGCUUUGGCGGCAACAUCAACCGCAUGUCGUUUGCGUCCUAUGCCGAUUCGGAUGCCGAAUCCAACUUUGCAUCCGAGUUUGAGUUUUCUUCGCACCAGCCCGUUCCCUCUGGCCCUGUGCACGGUAUGAGCGAAAUCGUUGGCUACUCGCCUGCCACCGGCGCUGUCCUGGCCACAACAAAGUCGCCCACCGGGGCCGCCUCUCCCAAAAUCGAAAGAAAGAUCACUGAGAAGAAGGAGAUCGUUGCCGAGACGGCCGAGAUUACCAAGGGACGCCGGGCCUGGGUGCGAUGCACAUGGUGCUUGACCUGGUGGAUUCCAACCCCACUCAUCCGGUGCUGCAGCAAGAUGCAACGCCCGGACAUCAUCAUGGCCUGGCGAGAAAAGGUGGCCCUCUGCAUUCUCAUUUUCUUUGUCUGUGCUGUCCUCGGAUUCUACAUCUUUGGCCUCCAGUACGUCCUGUGUCCCACUCAGAACAUCCUCAGCCAUGAUGAGGUUCAGGGCCGAACCACCUCUGGAAGCAAGAUCGUCAGCUCGCACGGCCGCUUUUACGACAUUAGCUCUUUGGCCAACUGGCACGUCCAAUCCUUCACCGGAGCAGGGGGCAUUCAACCGUACCAGUUUGUUCCGCUCUACGGCACCGAUGUCAGCAAUCUCUUUUACAAGACCGAUUCGUGGGAUUACUACUGCCCUGGCAUUCAAAAGCCCAGCGAUCCCAACUGGGACUAUCUCAACCCCAACGUGGACUGGAUGCGCCGCCCGGGCGACUCUGCGUCGCAGAAGAUGGUACACCGUCUUGCUCGAAACGGCGCGUACCAACUGUAUCUCGAGAAUCUGAACCAAUACGCCAAGGGUCGUGUUGGAUGGACGCCCGCGUAUCUAACGCAGUUUUCCUCUCAGAGCCGAAUGCUUUUAUCCAUCUACGACAAUGUGUACGACGUUACCGCAUACUCGUCCAUCGCAACCGACAUAUUCCCCAAGGAAGUGCGCUCUCUCUUCACCAACAGCCGCGGCAACGACAUGUCAAGCCAGUGGACGGCCCUGCGCCAAAGCAACCCCGCGCUCUAUGACAAUGCCCUCAACUGUAUGAACAGCAUGUUCUACAUCGGCACCAUCGACCAUCGCGGCGACACGCGCUGCGUUGUCGCCUCGUACGUUCUGCUUUCGGCCUCCAUCAUCCUCGUUCUCAUCAUUGGCGUCAAGUUCCUUGCAGCACUGCAGUUUGGCUCGCGCAAGGACCCCGAGAACAAUGACAAGUUUGUGGUGAUCCAGGUGCCGUGCUACACCGAGGGUGUCGCCGAGCUGUCCAAGACGAUCGAGAGUGUGGCAACCCUCAGAUACGACGAUCGUCGCAAGCUGAUCUUCAUCAUCUGCGACGGCAUGAUCGUUGGAAGUGGAAACGAGCAGGCCACGCCGCGCAUCGUCCUGGAUAUUCUCGGCGUUGGCCCCGAACAAGAUCCCGAGCCUCUGUCCUUCCAGUCCCUCGGCGAAGGCAACAAGCAACACAACAUGGGCAAGGUCUACUGUGGCCUCUAUGAAAACGCGGGUCACAGGGUUCCCUUUAUUGUCGUCGUCAAGGUCGGCAAGCCCUCCGAGCUAACCAAACCAGGCAACCGCGGCAAGCGCGACUCGCAGUUGGUGCUCAUGCGCUUCUUCAAUCGGGUCCACUACAAGACGCCCAUGUCGCCCCUGGAGCUCGAGCUCUUCCGGUGCAUGAAGAAUGUCAUUGGCGUGAGUCCAUCUUUCUAUGAAUACGUCCUGAUGGUCGACGCCGAUACCGAGAUCAUGCCCGACAGUUUGAAUCGCAUGAUCUCGUUCAUGGUCCACGAUGCCAAGGUUGUUGGUCUCUGUGGUGAAACCCUCCUGUCGAACGAAAAGGAUUCGUGGGUGACCAUGAUCCAGGUCUACGAGUAUUUCAUCUCGCACCAUCUCGCCAAAGCCUUCGAAUCGCUCUUUGGCAGCGUCACCUGCCUUCCUGGCUGCUUCUGUCUGUAUCGACUCCGCAGCUCGACGCACAACAAGCCUCUCCUGGUCAACAAUGCUGUUCUGAACGACUACUCUGAGAAUACCGUCGACACCCUACACAAGAAGAAUCUUCUCCACCUCGGCGAGGAUCGGUAUCUGACCACGCUCCUUCUGAAGCACUUCCCGGACAUGAAGACGUGCUUCACCGUUGACGCCAAGUGCAUGACCACGGCUCCGACCAAGUGGAACGUGCUGCUCUCCCAACGCCGCCGCUGGAUCAACUCGACCGUCCACAAUCUGCUCGAACUGGUGCUGCUCCGGGAUCUGUGCGGCUUUUGCUGCUUCUCGAUGCGCUUUGUCGUUCUCCUCGAUUUGGUCUCGACCUUCACCCAGCCGAUCGGCGUCAUUUACGUCAUCUACCUCAUUGUGGUGUGCUCCAUGGGAGCCGUGAAUCUGACGCUUGCAUCGCUGAUCCUGAUUGCGGCCAUCUACGGCUUCCAAAUGAUCAUUUUGCUUCUGAAACAGCAGUGGCAGCAUAUCGGCUGGAUGAUCAUCUAUUUGCUUGCGCUGCCUGUGUUUUCGCUUUAUCUGCCUCUCUACAGCUUCUGGCAUUUCGAUGAUUUUUCGUGGGGUAACACCCGUGUGGUCGUCGGAGAAGGCAAAAAGACGGUCUACGUGGCUGAUGAAGAGCCGUUCAACCCCAAGUCCAUUCCGCUCCAGACAUGGGCCGACUACGAGCAAAACACUCUCGAUACCGAGGGCCAGUCCCAGAAACGCCUGUCAUUCCAUUCCAUUCAGUCAUUUGCAACCACGACACCCUCGCUGCACAACUAUCCAUCCACCCAACAGCUUCUGGCUGGGUACGGUACGCCCACUCAGGUCACCGCCUCCUCCGUCCGCAGCUCCUUCGACGAAAACAGGAUUGCACACGAAGUCACCAACAUCCUGCAAACGGCCGAUCUCAUGAAGAUCACCAAGAAGGAGGUUCGCGCCGAGGUCGCGCGACGGCUUGGGCUGAAUCUGGAAGGACGCCGCGAGAGAGAUGCUGUCAACAAAAUCAUCACGGAGAAGCUUCAGCAUAUGUGAUGCUGCUCAUUGCGACCGGCGAAGGGCGGUCCAAACACCGCUGUCCGGGCGAGAUGACCCCAGAACAUUCAUUCGUGGCUCAAAACAAAAAACCAUACACAAUCGGCACAUUCAAUUCAACACCAUCAAGCCGCGCCGAGUGUCUAUUGAGUUUGUUCGUUAAUACACCAUGGAGUUGUCCAGAGGGUCGAGUACAUUCAUCACACAAAGAGAUUGCCAACCAGGACGGGAACAAUCGCACGGCUUGCUCACCGCAACCCGCAGUAGGUCAGUAGACUUCUGGCCUCUGAUGCCAGAAAGUGGCUGUCCUGUUUCUUUCUGAAUGGACUGUAUAUUGAU